CCGUAGGAAGUACGCAUUUCUAUGCUCAUCAGCUUUUUGACACGGUACAUACAUACAGACUGAAGCAAAAGACACAGAACAAGGGAAAAUGGGCGGAGUUAGGGGGAUUUUAUUGAAUUCAUCAAUCCUUUUCGCAACUGAUGACAAUGAAAAUGAAGAUACCACCCUUCGAUCGGGCGCUGAUUAUCUUCUUCAAAAGUUGCGCUACUCCAAAAUCCUCACUUGUUGGCAUCAGGAUGGGAAUUAGAUAAACUUGUCUUCAAUUUUGAAUUGAUUUUUGUUGAUUUAUGCUCCAAGAUCCAUGCCACUAAAGCAAGCCUAAGGCCCUGUUUGACGGCACGAAAAUUUAUUUUGACAAGUCCUAACUUCUAGACGCCAAUUUCCAGCAUGGAUCUUAUGCAUUUUGCUUGGAAAUUCUCACUGGGUCUAUCUUAUGGACAAGGUCUUUCAGCUCCUAAGGCUAAUCUUCUUCAAGAGUUAGCAAGAAUAUACUCAUAUGAUUGUUUUAUCUUGAGCUCAUCAUCAGAAGACUAUGGUAUGAGUGAGGCCGCACGACUUUGGGGUAAAGACGAAGGAAGUUUUAUGCAUGUAAUUUCUAGUUGUCAUGUGGAUCUCAUUCAUAAUAUGGUCAUUUCCGGCUGGUUGAUCGUUAUGCUUGGUGAGUUUUCCAACUUGCUUGCUAAUUAAGAAAAAGUGGAGAGUAAAAAGAAAGGUUUAUUUUGUGAUUCUUAUUAGGUACUUUUUGCUUGUAAAAGAUGGCUAAACACUUUCUGGUGUGUUGAUUUUUACUUCUGGUUCUUUGAUAU